CCCCCCCCCCCCCCCGUAAUUCUUUAAAACUCAGACCACCACCACCACCGUCGUCGUCGUCGUCGUCGCCGCCGCCGCCGCCGCCGCCUCCAUGGCCACUCUCUCCGCCGUCUCCUCCCCUCCGUGGCCGAAUCACCCUCGGCCGGCCCCCAAUUCCGACGACUUCAUCCCCCAACCCGACCCCUCCGAUCUCUCCCAGACCGUAGAUUCCCUCUCUCUGAUCCCCGACGGCGACGACCCCCACCGCCGGAACCCUAGCCCCGACCCCGCCUCCGCCCCGGCCAAUCCCGCCCCCUCUCCGGCCGACCCGCCCGCCCCUCCUCCCAAGCUCCUCCACCUCUCCUUCAACCAGGACCACACCUGCUUCGCCGUCGGCACCAGCCACGGCUUCCGCAUCUACAACUGCGAGCCGUUCCGCGAGAUCUUCCGCCGCGACUUCGGUGCGGGCGGCGGCAUCGGAGUGGCGGAGAUGCUCUUCCGCUGCAACAUCCUCGCCCUCGUCGGCGGUGGGCCGGCCCCUCAGUACGCGCCCACCAAGGUCAUGAUCUGGGACGACCACCAGUCGCGGUGCAUAGGCGACCUCACGUUCCGGGCCGAGGUGCGGUCGGUGCGGCUGCGGCGGGACCGGAUAGUGGUGGUCCUGGAGCAGACGGUGUUCGUGUACAACUUCGCGGACAUGAAGCUGUUGCACCAGAUUGAGACGAUCGCCAACCCCAAGGGGCUCUGCGUCGUGUCACAGACCGCAGGGUCGCUCGUGCUGGUCUGCCCGGGGCUCCAGAAGGGGCAGGUCAGGAUCGAGCAUUACGCCUCGAAGAGGACCAAAUUCAUCAUGGCGCACGAUUCACGGAUCGCGUGCUUCGCGCUCUCUCAGGACGGCAAGUUCCUGGCUACGGCAAGCACGAAAGGGACUCUCAUCAGGGUCUUUAAUGCGGUUGAUGGCACUCUGUUGAAGGAGAUGAGAAGAGGUGCAGAUAGAGCGGAAAUCUAUAGCUUGGCUUUCUCAUCAACUGCACAGUGGCUAGCAGUUUCAAGUGACAAGGGUACUGUCCAUGUUUUUGGCCUUAAAGUCAACUCAGGAUCCACAGGCAAUGAUGCUUCUGGAAGUGCAUCCGAUUCUAGUUCUGCUGUUAUAUCGUCAAAUUCAUCUCUCUCGUUUAUCAGAGGAGUUUUGCCUAAAUAUUUCAGCUCAGAGUGGUCUGUGGCUCAGUAUCACUUGCGUGAAGGGUCUCCAUAUAUUGUUGCUUUCGGUCACGAGAAGAACACAGUUGUCAUUCUUGGAAUGGAUGGAAGCUUUUAUCGAUGUCAAUUUGAUCAAGUAACUGGUGGAGAGAUGACCCAGCUGGAGUACCACAACUUUCUGGAAUCCCAAGCCUCGUGAUGACUCCUUCCCGCACUUUUUCUCUGCUCUAUAUCGUGUAAGUUUUUUAAUGUCCCUAUAUAGAACUUUCUUGUACCUUAUGUAGAUUCCACAGUAUUGUGUAAAGUUGGCAUGUGAUCUCCCUUUG